GGAAGGGACAGGAGCGGGCAGAGAGGGCUGCCUGGGGCUGAGCGCCGGGGGCCAGGCCGGCCGAGGAAGCCCAGCGAGUAUAAAUAGCCAGCGGCCGCCCGGCAGAGGGGACUGGCACGGUGCGCUCUGCAGGCACCUGGCCACGCGGCAGGCUGACCCACUCCCCUGGCCGGCGCCGCGUCCCUGGAUGCCCUCCCCGCCAGCCAUGCUGCUGCGCGGCCUCCUCCUCCUGGCGGCCACCGUGACUGCAGCCCAGAAGAGGGGACUGGAGGCGGGCGGGCCACGCCAGGUGCAGCUGAUCCAGCACGGCCAGUGCAGCUACACCUUCGUGCUGCCCGAGUCGCGGCCCUGCCCGCCGGCCCCGCCCGAGGCCCCCGGGAGCUCCAACAGCCUGCAGAGGGACUUGCCGGCCACGGAGAGCCUGGGCGCGUGGCGAGCCCAGCGGGUGCGGCAGCUGGAGAAGGCGCUGGAGAACAACACGCUGAGGCUGCAGAGGCUAGAGAGGUACAUCCAGAUGAAUUUGAGGGCCAGGCUGGCGCGGGCCCAGCAGCACGUGGUCCAGAACCAAACGGCCACCAUGCUGGAGCUGGGCUCCAACCUCCUGAACCAGACCACGGCCCAGACCUACAACGUGGAAGCCAAGGUCCUGAACCAGACGUCGCGCAUGGAGAUCCAGAUGCUGGAGACCUCGCUGUCCACCAACAAGCUGGAGAAGCAGCUGCUGCUGCAGAGCGACGAGCUACACCGCCUGCAGGGCCGCAGCAGCGCGCUGGAGACGCGAUUGCAGGCCCUGGAGACGCAGCAGCAGGAGGAUCUGGCCAGCCUCCGCGAGGAGAAGGAGCAGUUGCAGCGCCUGCUGGGCAGCCACAGCGGCGCCCUGGCCGGCCUGGAGCGCAGCCUGCGCAUCGCCAGCAGCAACUCCAGUCUCCUGCAGCACCAGCAGCGCCAGCUGCUGGAGUCCAUGCAGCGCCUGGUGCACGUGAUGGCGCAGGGCCCGGGUGAGCGAGCCGCCCCCAUGAGGGCCGCUGGGCAGGUGUUCCAGGACUGUGCCGAGAUCCACCGCUUCGGAGCUACAGUCAGCGGCGUCUACACCAUCCACGUGGCCAACAUGUCGGAGCCCAAGAAGGUGUUCUGUGACAUGGAGACCAACGGAGGCGGGUGGACCAUCAUCCAGCGCCGUAUGAAUGGCAGUGAGAAUUUCCAGCGGGGCUGGAAGGAGUACAAAGAGGGUUUCGGAGACCCCGCCGGGGAAUACUGGCUAGGCAACGAGGCCAUACACCAGCUCACCAGCAGGGGGACCUACUCUCUGCGUGUGGAGCUUGAAGACUGGGAAGACCAUGAGACCUAUGCCCAGUACGAGCGUUUCCAGCUGGGCAGCGAGGCACAGCUGUACAGCCUUUCCCUGACUGGGUACAACGGCUCAGCGGGGCGCCAGACCAGCCUGCGCCUGCAGGGCACCAACUUCAGCACCCGGGACGCAGACAACGACAACUGCCUCUGCAAGUGUGCCCACCUGAUGUCGGGAGGGUGGUGGUUUGACGCCUGCGGCGUCUCCAACCUCAACGGCGUCUACUACGAGGACGGCCAGCACGUGCGCAGGAUGAACGGCAUCCGCUGGCACUACUUCCGCGGCCCCAGCUACUCCCUGCGGGCCACCCGCAUGAUGAUCCGGCCCGUGGGCGCCUAAGAGCGGCCGCACCCGACGCUGGAGCACACAGGAGGGGCCGGCGUGGACCCAGCGAGGGACACAGAGCCCGGGGCUUCUCCCCCGUACCCGGAUCUCCUGAGCCGGGCCUCUGGCCCCAGAAAUCCAGACGAGCCACUGCCUCCCGACUCCCCUGCCUGUGACACAGUGGGCGUGGGGGUCCCUGUCCGCAUGCCCACUCCUCAUCCUCCCCUGCCUCUGCAGGGACUCCUGGCCAGCUCGAGGGUCACAGCCUCCCGAAUGAGUAAAGGACAGA